AUGAUCAGACCUUUAUCGUCACUAUCAAAGCAUAAAGCAAGCCAACAAGCUGCCGUUCCAAAUGCACCAAGAAAAGAACAGCAAAUGCCUAAGCUGCAAACAUUUAUUGAUGACAGAGACUUUUUAGGUGCUUUAACAUUCCUCGAAAUUCAAAAAUCUGCCGCUCGUGAUGAGAAACUGCUACUAUGGCUCGCAUAUUCAGCCUUUCAUGCAGGCGAGUAUAAAAAAGCUAUAGAAGCUUAUGAUGAGCUUAUGAAAAAUCCAAGCUACUCUCCUGAACUUCAUAUUUAUAAAGCAUGCUGUUAUUAUGCACUCUGCCAAUACGACGAAGCAUAUGGUGAAUGCACCAAAGCCCCCGAAACUCCUUUGCUGAUCCGCCUUAUGUUUCAUAUAGCUCACAAGCGAGGUGAUGAAAAUGUUGUAUUAGUUUACCAUCAGAAAAUCGGCCAAAGCACUCCUGAUCAGCUUUGCAUGGCAGCAAUACACUACUUAAGAAGCCAUUUUGAUGAAGCCAACGAUAUUUAUAAGAAACUACUCCUUGAUAAUAGAGAUUUUAAUGCCCUCAACGUAUAUGUAGCGUUAUGCUAUUACAAAUUAGACUAUUUCGAGGUCAGUAACGAAAUCUUGCAAGUCUAUUUAAAUCAAUAUCCUGAUAGUGUAAUUGCAGUUAACUUAAAAGCGUGCAACCAAUUCCAGCUUUUUAAUGGGAAAGCAGCAGAGCAAGAGCUUAAAGGAAUUAAUUCGUCUGCAGAAAGUGGAAAUGUGUUUAAUGAUAGUGACUUGCUGAGACAUAACCAAGUGGUUUUUAGAAACGGAGAAAACGCCUUGCAGGUUUUGCCACCAUUAAUUGAUAUUAUAUCUGAAGCGAGGCUAAAUUUGGUAAUUUAUCAUUUAAGAAAUGAUGAAGUCCAAGAAGCGUUUAAACUUAUAAAAGAUGUGGAACCGACUGUUCCAAGGGAAUAUAUAUUAAAAGGUGUUGUCUAUGCUAUGCUCGGCCAAGAAACAGAAAACCGCGAACACCUUAAGCUUGCUCAAACUCUUUUUCAGCUUGUCGGGGCAUCAGCCAGUGAAUGCGAUACAAUUCCAGGCCGUCAAUGCAUGGCAUCUUGUUUCUUUUUGCUUCAGCAAUUUGAAGAUGUUCUUGUUUACCUUAAAUCAGUUAGGGCUUAUUUUCCAAAUGAUGACGAUUUUAACUGGAAUUUCGGAAUAGCAUCAGCUGCUGCAGGUGAAUAUAAAGACGCAGAAGAAUCUUUACUGCUCAUUCAAAACGAAAGACUUAAGAUGGAUUAUGCAUAUAUAACUUGGCUAUGCAGGGCUUAUAUAAUGAAUGGAAAACCUAGCAUGGCUUGGAGUAUUUAUUUUAAUAUGGAAAAUUCCAAUGAAUCCUUUUCAUUAUUACAGCUUAUUGCUAAUGACUGCUAUAGAAUGGGGCAAUUUUAUUAUUCGCUCAAAGCUUUUGAUGUAUUAGAAAGACUUGACCCAGACCCAGAGUACUGGGAAGGUAAAAGAGGGGCAGCUGUUGGUGUUUUUCAAAUGGUAGUGGCAGGUAAGGAAAGUAAAGACAGACUUGUCGAAACCGUUGAAAUUUUAAGGAAUACCAACAAUCCACAGGUAGAAUACAUCGUAAGAGUCAUCAAUAAAUGGGCCAAAGAAAACAACGUAAAAGUUUAA